AUGCAAGAACUGAUUAAAUUGUGGAAGGAAUAUGAAUCCUCACACCCUGAUAAAAGUGGUGAUUUCGCAAGUAAUGGCCCCACUCUUGAAGUUCGGAUUCCAGCUGAGCAUGUAACUGCUACAAAUCGCCAAGUAAGAGGUGGCCAGCUAUGGGGAACAGAUAUAUACACAGAUGAUUCCGACCUUGUUGCUGUUCUCAUGCAUACAGGUUACUGUCGUCCCACAGCUUCCCCUCCUCCACCGACAAUGCAAGAGUUGCGUGCAACCAUCCGUGUCUUGCCAUCACAAGAUUACUAUACCUCCAAACUGAGGAACAAUGUCCGCUCUCGAGCAUGGGGAGCUGGAAUCGGAUGCAGUUACAGAGUUGAGCGGUGCCAUAUACUGAAGAAAGGAGGUGGUACUACUGAACUUGAACCCUCUCUUACCCACUCCUCAACUGUUGAGCCAACACUUGUACCAAUGGCUGUUGAGAGAUCUAUGACCACCAGAGCUGCAGCUUCGAAUGCUCUGCGGCAACAAAGGUUUGUUCGAGAAGUAACAAUACAAUACAACCUCUGCAAUGAGCCUUGGAUCAAAUAUAGCAUAAGCAUUGUCGCAGAUAAAGGUCUCAAGAAGCCUCUUUUUACCUCUGCCCGGUUGAAGAAAGGAGAAGUUAUUUACUUAGAAACACAUUCAUGCAGGUAUGAGCUCUGUUUCGCUGGAGAGAAGACUAUGAAAGCUUUUCAAGCCUCACAACAACACUCCUCCCAAGACGCUAUGGAGAUCGAUAAUAAUAAGUCACAGAACCUUCUAACUCAUGUGAUAAACGGUGACAAAACAGAGUCAGACAACAGUAUAAUUGAUGUUUUCCGUUGGUCACGGUGUAAGCAACCUCUCCCUCAGAAGCUUAUGCGGUCUAUUGGGUUUCCACUCCCACCAGAUCAUGUCGAGGUUUUGGAGGAGAAUCUUGAUUGGGAAGACGUACAGUGGUCACAAACUGGUGUUUGGAUUGCUGGAAAAGAGUACUCUCUUGCUCGUGUUCAUUUCUUGGCUCCCAACUAAAGAAACACAAGAAGAAAAAGCUUUCAUUUUUUUGUAACAAUUUAUCCCAUGGAAUUUCACAGCGCUGCAGUCACCAUCUGACCUACAUGUAUAUUUUAUAGUAAACUUAAUCGUAUAUUAUAGUAAACAUUUCAA